GCCACGAUUGACAUCGAUCACAAGGUCACGGGGAGGCAGUAUAUUACGUCUCUCCUGAUCCAAUCUAUCCUCUGGCCACGCUACCCCAGAAUAAGAAGUUGCCGUGAAUUAUGCGGAGAUGGACUCGACAAGGGAAAAGACCGGCGAGUGCAAGACCUCUAUCAUGUCUAGUACAUCCGAUACUAAUGUGAAGUCGGUGGUCCCGUCAGAUUUCAAUACAAGUUUCUUCUACGAUGAUAUCUCCCUGUCCGAAGCGUUGGCCCCCGACCCACAGUACGAACACGAUUUCCACGUGGACGACAACAAGUUUGCGUUUUCUCCGGGACAGCUCAAUAAGCUACUCAAUCCCAAGUCGCUGGUCGCUUUCUAUGCUCUGGGUGGGCUGCGCGGCUUGGAACAUGGGCUUCAAACCGAUCUAACGACAGGCCUCUCGGUGGAUGAGGGCAUCCUCCCCGAACGUAUCACAUUCAAUGACGCAAGAGAUAUGUCCCUGUCCAAAGUGGAGAGCGGUAGACGGCUUUUAUCUCAACACGAUCCAGACUCGGUGCAUCAGAAUGGAUCGACACAAUUCGCCGAUAGAUAUCGGGUAUUUGGGCGCAAUGAUCUACCCAAAGCGAGAAGGAAGGGGUUCGUCAAGCUUCUAUGGGAAGCGUAUAACGACAAGAUAAUCAUCCUUUUGACAAUUGCAGCCGUUGUAUCAUUGUCUCUGGGUGUUUACGAAGCAGUCAGCGGUCAGUCCCAGGUAGACUGGAUUGAGGGUGUUGCGGUCUGCGUUGCAAUAAUCAUCGUGGUAUCAGCAACAGCAGGAAAUGACUGGCAAAAGGAGAGGCAGUUUGCCAAGUUGAAUAAACGGACCGUUGAUCGUGACGUGAGAGUGAUUCGCUCAGGCAAGCCGGUCAUGGUUCACAUUGCCGAUAUUACUGUUGGAGAUGUCCUUCACAUUGAGCCCGGGGAUUCGCCCCCUGCGGACGGAGUGAUAAUCUCCUGUCAUGGAAUCAAAUGCGAUGAGUCCUCAGCAACUGGGGAGUCCGAUCAGAUGGAGAAGAUGAGCGGUCAUGAGGUAUGGAACAGCAUCCAUUAUGGAACCGCAAGGGGAGACCUGGACCCCUUUAUUAUCUCCGGUAGUAAGGUCCUCGAAGGAUUAGGCACAUACUUGGUCACCAGUGUUGGCAAGCACUCCGCAUACGGUAGGAUCAUGGCGUCACUCCGCACUGAAAGUGAUCCCACGCCGUUGCAAGUCAAGCUGGCCAGGCUAGCAAGCUGGAUAGGGUGGUUUGGAACAGGUGCCGCCUUGCUCCUAUUUUUCGUUCUUUUCUUCCGAUUUCUUGCUCAGCUGUCCGGCAGUGAGGCCUCAUCGACGGAGAAAGGUCAAGAGUUCAUGGACGUUCUCAUCGUUGCUGUGACAGUAAUCGUAGUGGCAAUACCUGAGGGUCUACCGUUGGCGGUGACGCUAGCGCUGGCCUUUGCAACCACUCGCAUGCUGAAAGAGAACAACCUCGUCCGACUCCUGCGUUCCUGCGAAACAAUGGGAAAUGCUACAGUGAUCUGCUCCGAUAAAACCGGUACACUUACGCAGAAUCAAAUGACGGCAGUCGUGGGCUUUUUCGGCUCUCACGAAAGUUUUGGUCACUUACCGAGUGAUGAUGAUCAAUCCUCCCUCGCAACUACUGUCCUGAAGACCUUAAGACGAUUUCCUGCUUCGCUUAGGGGUCUUCUGAUAAGAAGUAUUGCUCUCAACUGCACAGCCUUUGAGGAGGACCAGGAAAAUGGAAAGGAAUUCAUUGGCAAUAAGACCGAAGUAGCCCUUCUUCGAUUCGCGCGAGAAUGCCUCGGGAUGAGUGAGCUGGGCGAGGAGAAGGCGAAUGCCGAUAUCGAGCACGUCUAUCCAUUUGAGUCCGCUCGCAAAUCAAUGGGAAUUAUCUAUCGCACAGACUCGGGUGGCUCACGGUUGCUCGUUAAAGGCGCCGCUGAGCUAUUACUGAAUAUGUGUACCACCAUGGUCGCUCCAGGAGAUACUGAAGCAACACACACAACAGCGGAACCGAUUUCGGAGGAUUCUCGCAAUGCCAUGUCAAGAAGCAUUGACGACUAUGCCAGUCACUCUCUGCGAACUAUUGGAAUUGCUUACAAAGACCUUCCACAACGUCCCUCUGGAAACUCUGCGGAUCACGAGAAGGGCUUACCCAAGUAUGAACAGUUGUUGCAUGAUAUGACAUGGAUUGGCGCAUUUGGUAUUCACGAUCCCCUAAGGCCCGAAGUCUCGGGAGCAAUCAAAAAAUGCCACUCUGCGGGUGUGCAGGUUAAAAUGGUUACAGGGGACAAUAUAAACACGGCUUUGUCUAUCGCUUCUUGCUGUGGGAUCAGAACACAUGAUGGUAUUGUGAUGGAGGGCCCUGAGUUUCGAAAGCUUCGUGAUGAGGAAAUGGAUGCUAUCAUCCCACGUUUGCAAGUCUUGGCUCGUUCGUCUCCAGAUGACAAACGGUUACUUGUCGAGCAUCUUAAGCGGCUAGGGGAGAUUGUCGCGGUCACGGGCGAUGGGACAAACGAUGGCCCAGCAUUAAAGACCGCCGACGUGGGUUUCUCAAUGGGCAUUAGCGGGACCGAAGUGGCCCGGGAAGCCAGCUCUAUCAUACUCCUGGACGACAACUUCAAGUCGAUUGUCACCGCUAUUGCCUGGGGCCGGUCUGUAAAUGAUGCCGUCGCCAAGUUCCUGCAGUUUCAAAUUACCGUCAAUAUCACUGCUGUCUGCCUGACGGUUAUCACAGCCAUAUACAACAGUUCCAAUGAGAGCGUGUUCAAGGCCAUCCAAUUGCUAUGGCUGAACUUGAUUAUGGACACAUUUGCUGCAUUAGCAUUGGCAACCGACCCGCCAAAUGAUAAAAUCUUAGAACGACCGCCCACCCCCCGAAGUGCACCUCUAUUCACUGUCAUAAUGUGGAAGAUGAUACUGGGGCAGUCCAUCUAUAAGCUGGCCCUGUGCUUCACCCUCUACUUUGCAGGAGAUCGUAUCCUCGGCUAUGAUACCAGCAUCCCCCAGAAGCGACUGGAGCUUGAUACCAUCAUUUUCAACACGUUUGUAUGGAUGCAGAUAUUCAAUGAACUGAAUUGCCGUCGACUAGACAACAAGUUCAACAUCUUUGAAGGCAUUCACCGGAACUACUGGUUCAUGGUUAUCAAUGCAUUGAUGGUUGGCGGGCAGGUACUGAUCAUAUUUGUCGGGGGUGACGCCUUCAGCGUGACCCGGCUGGACGGUGUCCAAUGGGCCAUCUGUCUCGGAUGCGCUGUGUUUUGCAUACCAUGGGCCGCUGUUUUGAAGUUCGUCCCGGAUCGUUAUGUCGCGGUCAUGCUCGAGUUCACUGGCAAGAUAGUCCGGGCAGUGCUUUACCCCCUAGGAAAGGCUUACAGGGUUGUUGCACUCACCCUCUCCAAACUAGGAAGGGCAGUUAGGGUCACAUUUGGGUGCUUCAAAAAGAGGCCCGUUAUCGAUGAAGAAGCUUGCACAGAGGUCCGCACUUGAAAGGACCUGCGUCUACAAAAGCUUGAGCAGCCUUAAGAAUCC